GCAAAGAAGGUGUCAUAAAAAAAGAAAAAAAACCGAACAUUUUUUCUAGAGUGUCUGGUUGUUUGGCAUCGCGGUAAAAAGGCUUUUAUUUUCUCAAAAUUCAAUCCAAAAUCUGUUCCGUUCUUGAUUAUUCAUUUGAAAAAGGUGACGUGGCUACCGACAGUACGGUUUACCUCUAAAUGUGCUCAUUUAGCGACGAAUGUUAGCGGUCAACCGAGACGGCGUGGCAUCCAUUGAAUAUAUCCUUUCGUCACGUCAGUGGGAAGCAGCCACCGCUAAAUUUUUUUAGGAACCAUGGAAUCUGAGUAUUAUGAAGAUCAACAACAGAACCCACCGAAGAAAUCGGCAAAGCAGAACAACGCACUGCCACUAUGGGGGAACGAAAGUACAAUGAACUUGAACCCGCUAAUUCUGGCGAACAUCCAGGGUUCCAGCUACUUCAAAGGUAUGUUGUAGUGUCCUUGUUCAAAUUGAAGACUUAUCACGAAGUUGUGGACGAAAUCUACUACCAGGUCAAACAUUUAGAACCGUGGGAAAGAGGCUCACGUAAAACGUCUGGUCAGACUGGAAUGUGUGGCGGGGUACGAGGGGUUGGUGCCGGAGGAAUCGUUUCUACCGCGUUCUGCCUUCUGUAUAAAUUGUACACGUUGCGGCUGACGCGCAAACAGGUGAAUGGAUUACUCACUCACGGUGAUUCGCCAUAUAUUAGAGCUUUAGGCUUUAUGUACCUAAGAUAUACACAACCUCCAGCAGAUUUGUACGAUUGGUAUGAAUCUUACCUUUUGGACGAUGAAGAAAUUGAUGUAAAAGCUGGAGGUGGACAGACUAUGACAAUCGGACAAAUGAUUCGACAAUGGCUUGUCAAACUAGACUGGUUCUCAACGCUUUUUCCGCGUAUUCCCGUUCCUAUUCAAAAGCAAAUUCAGUCUAAGUUGGAACAGUUCGCUAAGGAAAACAAUGUUACAUUUUCCGAGCCAGCGGCCGAUCGCUACAGUAAAGCCGGCGCUCGGACAUACGAACGACCCGGUACGGCAACCACGCGAGAUGAUUAUCGUGGUGGAGAGUCGAGUCGUGCAUCUAAAUUCGCUGGACACUGCGAUCGUGAUCGGGAGCCGGCCAGAUCUUCGCGAAGUGACUGGGAUGACGACCGGUGGCGCGAGAGAGAAAGGGAUAGAGAUCGUGAUAGAGAUACGGUACGAGACAGGCGAGAUCGCGAUCGGGACUACGACCGUGGUAGGGAUAAACAUCGCGAAAGGCGAUCCCGUUCAAGGGACCGAGAUAGACGAGAUCGGGACAGAGAUUACGAUCGAGAGCGAAAGUAUCGCUAGAGUAGCAUUUUUUGCGAGGAGAAACAUUAGGCAAAAUCAUUUAAAACACAUUAAGACACCAUAUAAUUCCGGACACAGUCUGAGUACGCGAAAAGUAAUCAAUACUAUUUAAUGGUCACUGAGAAAUGUGAACCUUUCACCAUUUUUUUGGCACUAGAUUAAAACGUUGAACUAGACUAAACGUUAUUCUCGAAAUUCUGAAAUAUUUUUAAUCUUUCUCUCGGUUAACUUUGCAUUGCAACAUCUGAGAUAAUGGUGAAGUUUUUUAUUCAAGACAAGCUGAAAUACUGAGUACCUUUACAGGCGAAUAGCAGCAACUUCAUUACGGGCUACAGAUAUAUCUUUGCUUACAAUUUUCUUACCUUUUUACCUUUUCUUACACAAUAUUUUACCUCACAUUCAACACACAUAAUAAUAUCAAUAGUUUGAUGGGCCGUAAUGAUAGAUCAUGCCACGAAGAAGCGUCUCGUCAGGAACGGGUGGGAGAAUUACAGACUGCUAUAUUUGCUGUUAGUAGGUUUUAUGAUGUUCUGUGCUGUAUUGGCAGAUUACAACCAAACGGGUAGACAAAAUCAAAAGUUUUCUCUCCGAUUAGAUACGCGCACGGCUAAGUAUACAUCUUACGGUCCGUCAAUUUUACUUUCCAAUAACUCCAAUCAGGUCAAUAUCAAUCACUUUCCACAUAACACAAUGAAUUCUUCAUAGCAUACCCAAUAAACGGAAAAUAACUGCGUAUUCGAUUAAUACGCAUCUUACAGUGAAGGAAGCAUAACGCGAAGAGAUUCUACCUCAAACGAUAGAGUUAGUCAGAAGCUAUACAUUUUCCACAAUGGUGUGUCCAUUAUUUGUUUUGUUCCACCGCCGCCCUUGUUAAUCACCUAUUUAACUUCUAUUGCCACCACCCAUACUCACACAGAAACACUUAAAUCUAUAAACCAUCCAAACAAGUGAUGAGGAAUUUGUUUUCGUUUGGCGUCGAACAAAGAAUCCACUAGAUCAUAAGGUAUUUUAGAAGUAGAAGCUCACGUACAUUACACACCUAGGGAACGGAAACAGGACAGCUUCUCGCAGGCUCAGGUUUUAAACCCUCACACAGUUACACAAACAUACCGACACUAAACACAUAUGCAACUUGAGACUGGCCUUGUUGAAGUGGAAGUUUUAUUCCCUGAUUUUGGAGGCAGAUAGACAGCACGUAAGUACUUUAUGGAUCGACAACCGUUAACUAAUGUUAAGACAGUUUUAAUUUGUCUACCAUACGUUGCUCAAUAUGUGUCCAGGUAUUGUCAACUGACAUUUCACAUAGGCGCAACGUGUAGUUGCAGAAUGUAUGUAGUUCAGUAAUUGAUUGAAAAUACAUUAAAACUUGUGUAAAGUGCGAGACCGCAAAAGGCGAUUACCGAAAAAGCAACACCUGAAAGAAAAAUAAAAUAAAAUUGUGAAUAAAGAGCUGUACUAGCAAUGUUUCGAAAGCUAA